AAACUCUGACUUCAGAGUCAUGGGAGGAAACUAGAGGACCCGGGGACACCCAUUCAGACAGUAGAAAACAUGCAAACUCCACGUAAUGAGGACCUUAGACCCGAACCACUCACUGACUUGGGUUGUGAGGAGGUGGAGUUCAUUCCAACAUUAACAACAUCAGAAGCAGGAAGUGUAAGACACGAGUCAGACCUGGCAUCCUCAGCAUAAAAGAUAUUUGAUAAAACCCUCAGCAGGCAAUGAGCAGCUAUCACAGUUUCUCGCCACUGUUGUUUAUCUCUUGACCCUUUUUGAUAAUCAAAUGGAAGAUCUAACUGAUUCAAAACCAAAUGCAGACUUGGGCUCUUCAGUUUUGCAAGAAGAUGAAGAGGCAUCGGGAAGUUCUGCCCAUAUGGAGAUGUCUUGUAAAAGGAAAUCUAGCUCUAAAGAACCUAAGGAGACUAUAAGGGUUAAAGGAAAAUCAAAAAAAUCCCUGCCAAAAAAGAAGCCACUGCGCAAAAGAGCCAGAAUGAUCACACCCAGUUACACCAUUCAGGAAACUGACAGUGAUAUGUUGUUGAUUAUCUCCAACCUGGGAGAUCAUGAGGUUCGAAGGAAGACGUGGGAGAAAAAGAAAAAAUCCACUAAGAGAGGUGCCAAGCAGUUACCUCCUAAUAAAAGACGUUCUAAAUUAAAGUGCAAGGUAGAAAAAAAUCCAGCAGGACAGACAAGAUCUGGGCAAACCGAAAAUGAUGCACAUGAUAAUUUCAAUCCUGCAGCAGUGGCAGUAGAAAUUGGAGAAAGCAAUUGGGGACUGCAUCUUCCAGUUGAGAUUUUAGUCAGAAUUUUUCAAGAUGUGGUCAAUCAGGAUGGUGCAGUACCCUUUUUAUGUAGAGUGUCACGAGUCUGCCGUCUGUGGUGUUGCGCAGCUUCUAGUCCGGUUCUCUGGAGGAGUGUUACGUUGAGUUUCUGCUGGGUUGCUCCUGGAGCAGCACAAACGCCAAAAACUGAACAAAAAAUCAAGGACACCGUCACUUGGCUGAGUCAAAACAGGUUUUCCCAGCUCAGGGAGUUUGCUAUUUGUCAUUGGAAAAACCUUGUGGACUAUUCUGUUAAGACAGUUGCUCAGUUGUGCCCACAUCUAAAAUCCAUCAAGCUUCUACACUGUAGUGGAGUGGGAUCAGAAACAUUUGAGAGUCUUGCCAGUGGGUGCCAACAGUUAGAAAGCCUUAAUCUACAACAUUCUCAGGUUGAAACAGCAAGCUUAAUAAACUUUUUGGAAAAAUAUGGUGGUCGUCUUAAACACCUCUGGAUCACAUAUACUUGCCGAUUAGUUGGAGUUAUCAAUGCUAUUUCAAAAGGUUGCUGUCCUGAGCUUCAGCUGUUAGAAAUAAAUAAUACUCUGCAAAGAGACUACAGUGACUACCGUCAGUUCCAGCUUGGCAUUGAAGCUUUGCAGCUUGGUUGCCCUAAACUACAGGUUCUUCGCUUGCUGAACCUUCUUUGGCUUCCAAAGUCUUCCCGUGCAUCUGCGUUUUGUACGGCAGGUUUUCCUCACCUGGAGGAGCUCUGCUUAGCUACGUCAUUCUUCUCCUUUGUAGAGGAUCAAAUUCUGCAUCGAAUCCUCCAUGAAUCACACAGCCUUCGAGUGCUCGACCUUCGAGGUUGCUACAGAAUUACUCCUACUGGCCUUGCUAAAUUACCCUGCAAAAAUGUUGAAUGCCUCUACUUAGGGCUGUACUGCAGCGGUAGCAGCAGCAACCAGCUAUUGCCCAAAGAAGGGAGCUACCUAUUUACUGAAAAAUGGCACCAUUGUCUUGCGGAAUUAGACCUAAGCGGUCAUGUUUUCUCUGAGAAUGACCUUGAAACUGCUAUAGCUAAACUUGCAAUAAAUGAAGGAAGAAGUCCACUCCGAUCGCUAAACCUUGGUGGUACCAAAAUUUCCUUGAAUUCUGUAAGGCAGGUGAUUACUCAGUGUCCACAGCUGUCUUUCCUAAAUCUGGCAUCAUGUCGACAUCUUCCCCGUGGUUGGAAAAGGGCAUAUAAAGGACAAGAAGACAUACGCCAGUUACUACUCAGGCUCCUAGAAAGCAAGAGUGAUGAUAGUGUCUGUUAAAGAUAAACCAAGGGUUCUGUGGCCUUUCCCCCUCAACCCUAAAGAUGUGCCGGUAAAUUAGCAAUUCCAAGUUGGCUUCUUCAGUGGAUGAGACUUGGAUAUGUGAUGGACUGGCUUAGUAUGUAGGAUUGUAUUUAAUUAUUUAUAAAGUCACAAAGCACUGUACACCACAGCAAACAAUUAAUACACACAGUUACAACAAAAAAAAAUUUAAUUAUACUAACAUUUCAACAAAUGAACAAAAAACGGAAGAGCCAAAAACGGCUAUCCGUGUACUAUCCUAAAAAAGGUGCCUCUUCAACUGUUUUUUAAAUGUAUCAAUUGUUUCAGUAGCCCAUAAAGCACAAGGAAGUCUAUUUCACCAUUUCAAUGCAACGGACUAAAAAGCCAAUUCCCACAAGACUGAAUAUGUGGAACAGUAAGAAGGCCCUGGUUAGAUAUUCUAAGUUGGCAACUAGCAGUAUAAUGUUUAAGAAAUCUGAAAUAUAUCAUGUUGUUUGACCAUGCAGUGCUCUACAGGUGAUUAGUAAAAUUUUAAAAUUGGUUCUGAAUUCCACCGGAACCCAAUAAAGCAAAGAUAAAAUCAGAGUAAUGUGAGACCACUUACUAGAGCUGGUAAAACAAUCUACCAGCAGCAUUCUGAAUAGACUGAAGACGCACUAGCAAUGUCUGUUUUUAA